AUGUCAAAGCCCAAGAACUGGCCAGCAACGCUCCCCUAUCUCAAGGCGCCCCUCUACGGCAAAGACAUUUCCGCCACGCACAUCCAGUUCCUCCGCACAAGACCCCAAGACGGCGACAUCGACCAAGUGCCAACCGCCCCAGCCUCGUCGCCGGCAACAGAAACGCCGUGCCCGCGCGUCAAGAUCCAGGCCAUCACGGACCGCAGCCACCCGGCGUACGGCCAGUUCGGGCUGUUCGCCGCGCAGAACAUUGCGCCGGGGGAGCUGAUACUGGCGUACCUGGGGAGGCUGCACGGAAGGGCGACGACGAGCGAGGAGAGCGAUUAUGACUUGUGGCUGGACCGGGAGAUGGACGUGGCGGUGGAUGCGGCGAGGGAGGGGAACGAGGGGCGGUUUGUGAAUGAUUAUCGCGGGAUUGAGGGCAAGGAGAGAGCGAAUGCGAGGUUUGGGAACGUGUUUUGCGAGAAAUGGGGCGAGGUCUGCGUCGGGGUUUGGGCGGUGGGAGGGGGUUCUAAGGCGAAGGGGGAUGGGAAGAAGAAGAAGAAGAGCGAAGGAGGGAUCAAGAAGGGGGAGGAGAUUCUGGUAAGUUAUGGGAAGGGGUUUUGGGAGGAGAGGAGGAAAGAUGGUGGUGAUGAUGGUGGUGAGGAUCAGUAG